CCCCCCCCCCCCCCCCCCCCCCCCACCCCCCCCCCCCCCCCCCCCCCCCCCCCCCCCCCCCCCCCCAACCCGGCCGCGGGGGGCUAUAAGUAAAAAAGUCCUUGCUUAUUUUCCUGGUCAAGACCUGUACUUCGCUUGAUCAGUGGAAGAAAUAAAGACUGCGAGCUUGUUGUAUAUAUGUAAAAAUUAGGUAUGCUGCUCGCUAAUCGCUCAUACUGCGCAAAAAUCAGAAAAAAGUUUUCCGGAGACUUGUAACCAUCAAACUCGGAAUGUUGUUAUAUAUCUCUUGUUCAGCACAGAAAUCUUUAAGACAUUACUCAGCAUCUAUAGCAAUAAUUUUGAAAUUUUUCGAAGAAUUAGAAGUCACUAUAUACUACGUGACUUAGCAAAACAAAACGGUGAUUAUCAAAAAAAACCUAGCUCUGGUCUUAAACCUGACCAGUGUGUGUUUCUCAAAAAAUACUAACAUCCGACCAAAAUUUACUGUUUGUCUGAUCAGUAGAAAAAACAGACUAUCAUGAUCUAGUCUUAUCACUUUCUUGUUUUGGAUCUUGGAGUUGACCAGAACAAGAAAAAACAAACAGAAAACAGACACCUGUAAGUAAAUAAGUCUUCACUCUGUUUUCAAGACCAGACAAACUGAAUAUUAUAACUGAAUAUCCGGGAAUUCCAGAUCUUCUGAUUUUGGCAGAAAAGCUCGGAUUUUCGAAAUUUUUUCUGCCUUGUUUCUGUUCUUUUUUCUUCUAAGAUGUUCUGGUUUUCUGAUUUAAAUUUCUUUUUUUUAAGUUUUUUCUGAUUUUUCAUGAUCUGGACCCAAUAUCUCUCCCUGUUCAUAUAUUUUCUUUUAUUUUAUUAUAAUUAAAAAUACUUUUUUCUUCUUCGUACUUGAGGUUUGGUCAAAGCUGGUUUUGCUGGUGAUGAUCAUCCACGUUGUAUAUUUCCAUCAAUAGUUGGCCGUCCACGUCAACAAGGUGUUAUGAUAUGUACACAAAAAGAUGUUUAUAUUGGCGAUGAAGCGCAAAAAAAACGUGGAAUUUUAUCAUUGCAAUAUCCCAUUGAACAUGGCAUUGUCAAAAGUUGGGAUGAUAUGAUACUAAUAUGGCAACAUACAUAUAGUAAUGAAUUGAGAAUUGCACCUGAAGAUCAUCCGGUACUAUUAACAGAAGCGCCAUUAAAUCCAAAAUCGAAUCGAGAAAAAAUGACAGAAAUUAUGUUUGAAACAUUUCAUGUACCAGCUAUGUAUGUUGCUGUUCAAGCCGUCUUGUCUUUGUAUGCAAGUGGUCGUACUACUGGUCUUGUCUGUGAUAGCGGUGAUGGAGUAACACACUGUGUUCCAAUCUAUGAAGGUUAUUCAUUGCCACAUGCUAUCUAUCGUUUGAGUAUAGCAGGACGAGAUUUAACGGAAUAUCUAGUGAAAUUAUUAAUGGAAAAUGGUUAUUGUUUUGUGUCAUCAGCUGAAAAAGAAAUUGUUCGUGAUAUUAAAGAAAAAUGUUGUUAUGUUAGUCAAAAUUUUCCCGCUGAUAUGAUGUUGAAACCAUCCGAACAACAAGAAACAUCUUAUCAAUUACCAGAUGGACAAAUUUUACGAUUAGGUGAUGAGCGAUUUCGAUGUCCCGAAGCGUUAUUUCAACCGGUGUACCUUGGUUUAGAGGCACCUGGUAUACAUGACAUUAUUUUUAAUACUAUUCAAAAAUGUGAUAUGGAUAUUCGACGUGAUUUAUAUUUGAAUCAAGUUUUAUCGGGCGGUUCAACAUUGUUUCGUGGUCUAGGUGAACGUUUACUUUUAGAAAUGAAACGAAUGGUAAUGGAUGAUAUAAAAAUAAAAAUUUCUCAACCAAAAGAGCGUCGAUUCUCAGUUUGGAUGGGUGGAAGUAUUCUAGCAUCAUUAGAAGCAUUUGAACCAAUGUGGAUAUUAAAACCGGAAUACGACGAAUAUGGAGCAACCAUUGUACAUCGAAAAUGUUAUUAG